UUUUUUUUGGGCAACCUCAACAAUGGUUCCAUUUACCAACAAAUCCCCAAACGGCCAAAAUCCCACUUCCUUAACAACUCAAACACGAUUUAACUUGACCUGAAAAAAUUCCCAUUAAAUCUCCUGAGAAGUGCAUACAUAUUACAUAGUGAAGGAGAAAGCAUCAAUUUAUCAGAGAGAAAGAUUGAGAAAAAUGUCACUAACAAGCGUAAAAAUGUCGGAAGAGGUGUGGUUAACCUGCGUCACCCACGCUUUUUCUACCGAGACAGAAGAGAUCAUGGGUCUUCUUCUCGGAGACAUUGAGUGCUCAAGAAAUGGAAAUUCGACUGCUUUGAUAUGGGGUGCAUCACCCCAGACGCGGUCAGAUAGGAGAAAGGACAGAGUGGAGACCAAUCCUGAACAGUUGGCUGCGGCUUCAGCUUUGGCAGAUAGAAUGAGCGCUUCAACUGGAAGAAGAACAAGAGUGAUUGGAUGGUAUCAUUCUCAUCCUCAUAUAACUGUCCUUCCAUCCCAUGUUGAUGUGCGUACUCAGGCAAUGUAUCAGCUUCUAGAUUCAGGAUUUAUCGGGCUCAUAUUUUCAUGUUUUAAUGAAGAUGCCUUCAAGGUUGGAAAAAUUCAAGUCAUUGCCUUCCAGUCCUUGGAUGGGAAACAGAGCUACAUGUCAAGACCUGUCACUCUAUCUCCUGUACAUAAAAAUAACAUCAUAGAUGUUGAAUCAUCUUUGAGUUCUGAUGAUGCAUCGAGAUUGGGUUCUGGAAAGGGUGAAAAACCUGAGCAAGACACGGGCGAUUCAAAAACUGCUGUAGUUAAGGGGAGUGAUAUAAUAAUAGAGGGAAAGUUUCACCCCGACAAUGCUGGUAAUGCUUUUGGUGACAUUGAUCCUAUGGAUAUGUCUGAUGGUAUACAGGAAGCAAUGCACCGCUCUCAUUUGGAGAUGAGUGGUGCAGAAUAUAUCCGUAAAGAAAUCCCUCUCUAUGUUCUUCCUGCAUCGUCCCUUUUCGAGCUCGAUUCACCUUUGGCCUCCUUUACGGAUUUGCAGCGUGUGCUAUAUGAAGAGGAGAAGGCUGCUUAUAACCAAGCCAUAUCCCAGAAUAUCAGAGAUGGCAAGGUGCAUCCACUUACUUUCAUUCAUCAUACAUCAACAUAUCAGGCUUCAAUGUGCAAGUUGAUGGAGUACUGUCUGACUCCUGCUAUAGAGGCUCUUGAAGAUCGUCUACGAGAAAAUGAACUUCGGUUAGGGAUGUUGACUGAAGAAGCAAAAAUCUUGGAGGCCGAGGCCUCCAGAGGAAGUGAGGGAACUAUGGGAUCUCCUCUUCGAGUUGAUGGGUAUCGAGGCAGUCCUGUUCGUGCUCAAAGUUUUGGGGAAUCGAAAAAUAUAAGAAGUCCUGCUCCUGCUAGUCCAAGUAGCAGGAGUAGGAAAGGACUUUGAUAGAAUUCCUCUGUGAAGUUGCUGAGCUGUCCGGGUUCUGCUAUCCAAUCGGCUGCUGCGGUGCUUUGAUUUUGGAAAUGAUGUAUGCACAAGAAAGGUUUCGGAUUAACGCCUCCUGCCUAGAUUUGUGGACCAUGGGAUGAAUUUCACUAUCAUACUUCCCCAAUUUUGUGGCAUGUGGCUUUCGGAAGUAGUACUCUGUAGCAAGGUUGUAUCAUAAUUCAUAUGAUAGAUGUCUUGUAAAUGUUGAUGAUCUAGGAAUGAAUGCAAAAUGCAAUUGGUUUUAUUGAA